AUGGAGAGAGGAAGUCUGGGAUCUGUCCUCCGAAGCGACACUGCAGCUGAAUUGGACUGGGUGAAGAGAGUGAGCAUCGUGAAGGAUGUUGCUCGUGCUCUGUUCUACAUGCAUCACGAUUGUGUUCUGCCUAUCGUUCAUCGAGAUAUUACUGUUAGAGCUAGCCCCAGGAUAUUUACCAAAGGAAUUGCUCGACUACUGAAGCCGGAUUCAUCAAAUUGGACCAUGCUUGCAGGCACGCGGGGUUACUUGGCACCUGAGCUUGCAUAUACAAUGAGAGUGACCACCCAAUGCGACGCGUACAGUUUCGGAGUCGUGACGCUGGAGUUGCUGAUAGGAGAGUAUGGAGAAGUACUCAUUUCCAUUCUGUCGUCUUCACCGAUCAAUGAUGGCUUUGUGAAAGACGUAUUGGACCGACGUCUACUUGUUCCUAAGGGUCAAGUUGCGGAUUAA